UUCAUUUGGUCUGAGUUUCCUGAUACGCCUGAAUUCACACUAUCACACUAAGUAGUACGCGCUCUGUGACUGACUGCUUUAUCUCCUAUAUUACACACACCUCGGUAGUGUAGUAGACUGGCGAGGACGCAGCCAAUAGUUCUCCUCAGCUCCUGCGUUAUUACUCCUUUUGUGUGAAUUGAUUUGGUUUAGAAAACUAUCACGUCUACCGUUAAAGGCAGUAUGAGUCUUCCAGCUUCCCCUCCGAGCUACGCCGAGGCUACAGCAGGAGAUAAACAGCAAGCUGCUGGAAGUCUGCUCAAUCCAGAUCCAGGGUACGCAAACCCAUACACCUCAGAUACAUCCACACCCUUCUCUGAUCCAAGCUCCAAUGGCAAUUUUGAUGGCCUCAGUGGAAGCCACUGGGAGGACAAGAACGUCCGUCGCAUGUUCAUCAGAAAGGUAUACUGCAUCCUCAUGAUUCAGCUAACAGUGACUUUCAGUGUUGUAGCACUCUUUACUUUCUGUAAGCCAGUGCAGCAGUUUAUUCAGUACAAUCGUAUCCUGUAUCUUGCCUCAUACAUGACCUUCAUGGGGACAUAUCUGGUGCUGGUGUGCAGUAAAAGUGCUCGACGAAGAUACCCAACCAACAUGAUCCUUCUUGGAAUCUUUACUUUGGCAAUGUCCUACAUGGCAGGCAUGUUGGCUAGCUUCCAUAAUACCAAAGUGGUGAUGCUGUGUGUAGGUAUAACCGCGUUGGUGUGUUUGUGCAUCACCAUUUUCUGUUUCCAGUCCAAGGUUGAUUUCACCUCUCGUCACGGUCUGCUCUUUUCCCUCAUGAUGGUGCUGAUGUUCACCGGGCUGCUGAUCCUCAGCACUGCACCAUUUGGAUAUAUACCCUGGUUGCAGACUGCGUUUGCAGGACUGGGUGCUCUGGUUUUCACUCUGUUCUUGGCUUUUGACAUGCAGCUGUUGAUGGGUGAUGGACGUUACUCACUGAGCCCUGAGGAGCAUGUCUUUGGUGCCCUCUGUCUCUACAUGGACAUCGUCUACAUCUACAUCUUCCUACUGCAGCUUUUCUGGAGCCGUGAGUGAGGCCAGGAACAAGUUCUGCCCCCUGUCUCCUGUCCUCUGUACUAGAUAACAUUACAGACACACUAUCCUCACUAACACCAAGCCUCCACAAGGUGUCUUCCUUACUACGUAGAAUAGAAUCCACAGCCUUUAAUUCUCUUGCCUUUUAAACCCUGUUAUAUUGUUAUAUUGAUAUUUAUGUCAUUGCAGUAAGGAGAAGAAAAAGAAAUAGCACUUUAUUGACAAUCAUGACGUAUUGCACGCUUUCAGUCUUUCAAAAAAAAAAAAGUAGGUUACUUUAUCUCCAAUACUCCAGUCUCCACUGUGAGCCAGUUAUAAAGAAAAUGAGAGUAAAGUCAAUCGAAAGAAUGCUAUUCUGAUUAAACUGCCUCUUACAGCCUAAUGACAGUUACACAGUCAAGUCUCAUGUUAAUCAUAUCACGUUCUGUGACACAAAUAUCCACUGUUUGAAUGUGAAAGUUUUCACAGAGACAGGCAAAUAUUUUAUUAGACAUCUGCAAAAAUAGCCUACUCAUCCACAAUCUCCAAGAAGAAUCUGUACAAAGUUAUAAUGCUUAUGUGUGGAGUCGCCUAAAUACACACAAGAUGCUCAGGCAUCAAGGCUGAUAUUUAAUGUGAACAGUUAAUCAUGUAUUUGUUAAAUAAAUGCUUCAGACAGUCAUCAGGGUAUUUAAGUCUGCUUUGAUUUAAUUUAAAAGAAAGGGGGGAUCAAAAUGAUUCCUAAUUUAGUCUAUUUGAGGUGUCUUUCUCCAGAAGAGCUACACAAUAAAUGCCAACAUGUCCAUGUUUUAAUUACUGUUGAUUGAAUAAGAUUUUAGUUGCAGUGAAUGCACUUACUCUUAAUAUUGUUCCAGUACCUAUGCAGCAGGUAUUGCUUGUGUAGUAGACAAUCAUGCUAUAUGUUGCUUCAUUUUCAGUUCUGAAUAUUGAUCACAAAAGCAAAGAUGUUGUAUUGUCUAACUAAAAGUAAAAGGAAUACUUUCAGAAAUUCAAGCAUUUUUCAACCCGAAUCUCUGUCUACCACGGAGAAGAAUUUCAAGACAUUUCCCCUAUACUGAGAAAAGAAUAGAAAACCUGUUUUCUCAAAACACUUUCAUAACAGAAAGGCAGUUGUUGAUUUACCUGAGCUUUUGUGGUAUGUACCAUUAGUUCCAUACAGCUACACUAGUAACUCAUAAACACAAUUUUUUCUUACGUUACUAAUACCUAAAUAAUUCAUUAAAGCAUUUUACAAACAUGUCAAUGUUUGAGUGCCCCAAAAACUGCCCCUAGACUUUUCUUUAUAAGUGACUUUGGAGUAAACUGGUUGUCCAUUCUUUUCUAAGUAUGAGGAAACUUGUCAGAAUUUGUAAGUGAUGAUCGUUCAAACGUUACAGAUUUGACAAAUAGGUUUGUGCAAAUAGAUUUGUACAAUUUGAUUCACAGUUAAAACUAUAAGUUAAUUUUUAUAGGGAAAAACUAUUACACUAUAUGGCCAGAAGUUUGUGAACACCUGACAAUCACACCCAUAUUUGGUUCUUUGGAAGCACACACUUGUCUAUAAUGUCUUUGUGUGCUGUAGCAUUACAGUUUCCCUUCACUGGAACUAAGGGGCCCAAACAUGUUCCUGGCCACAAAGUGAGCUCCAUGAAAACAUGGUUUGCCAAGGUUGGAAUGGAAGAACUUGAGUGGCCUGCACAGAGCCGGGAUGAACUGGAACGCCAAAUGUGCACCAGGCCUGGCCUGACCUCAUUAAUGCUCUUAUGACUGAAGGGCGCAAAUCACCACACCCAUGCUCCAAAGUCUAGUGGAAAACCUUCUCAAAAGGUUUAUAUAACAGCAAAGGGGGACUGAAUCUGGAAUGGGAUGUUCAACACAUAAGAGUGUUAUGGUCAGGUCUCCACAAACUUUUGACCAUAUAGUGUACGUCUUGGAAUUUGAACCAUCAGAUAGAAGAAUAUUGCUUGGUUCUGUGAAAACACCUGAGGUUCUGUUGUCAAGGUUCUGAGCUACUGAUUGGAAGAUUGUACCUUUGAGCAAGACCUUUAACCCUCAAUUCUAAAUUUCAAUCCUUUCAAUUGUACUGAUACAGUAACUAUAGUGAGCAUUAAGCUUCAUAGUCAUGUCUGUGACAAUAAUUAAAAUAGUGUCGGAUUUUGAAA